CCGAUGAGUCGAAAUGCUCUCCCGUGAAAUGCCUGUUUAAAAACGAAACAUCGGUCAUCAUCACAACAACGCUUGUUGCACGAACUAUUGUGUUCUUUCUUUGUAUAACCAUGGACGACUUUUAUGAGGAAAUUUUCCACUACUUAAAGACAGGAGAAUACAGCAGCGGGACUCGCUCAUCGAAAUGUCCCAAGGCCCGAAAGGCCCACAUUCGUGGGGCAGCCAAAAAGUACUCAAUCAAAAGUAAGUUUAACCAACAGUAAGAAUUUGAAGUCAUUUUUUUUCCAAGACACGAGGCACCUGUGUUUUUGAGAUGCAUGUGUUAACACGGGCACUUUAAGUUAAUGUUGUGUUUUCAUGUUACAUAGAUGAGCGGUUGUUUUACAACCAUCAAGGGUCACGGGAGAGCAUUUCGACUCAUCGGCCAAUCAUAUAGCGAGAAUAGCGUGACGUCACUGUCAAGCGCAGGCCCCGCGAAUGGAUAGUGAGGGGAUCCGGAUAGUGAACCUACACCGGCCUUUACACUGAAGACCGCGUCUGAACGUUUCUACUUCCGGUUCACUUGACGCAACAUCCGUGUACCCAUCCGGGACUUGCCUUUUUUUUUGUAGAGUAAUUUAUUACAGAUAUUAUAUGUUUGAUAAAAGACAACUGGUCCAACUGGCCCACUCGAGGAAGCAACGACAUCUCUUGUCCUUCCCCUUCUCGCCAAACGAGCAACUUCAAAGCAUUGUCAUCGGAUUUUUAAAGCUUAAACUGGCUUCCAAAAUGGCCGAAGCUCGUCGGAAACAAAGAGCUGUAAUCGAAUUCCUUGUUGCAGAGGGAGAAACCCCUCUGAGGAUUCAGAACCGGCUGGAAAAUGUCUACAAGGAUGAUACCAUCGACUAUAGUACUGUAAAAAGAUGGGUACAGCGAUUUAAAAACAGUACUGAAGACCAUGAAGAGUGUCCUGCAGACGUCAGCGUAGAAGAUCUUCACCCUGAGAAACACAAUCGCCUCCACGUUAAACAGCAGGAGGAGUCGGAGAUGCCGUACAUCAAAAAAGAGGCGGAGCCAGAAACCCCAUACAUUAAAGAAGAAGAACAAGGAGAUGAAAUCCUCAAGUUUCCAGUGACUGUCAGUGUGAAGAGCGAAAAAGAUGAAGGUCCAAGCGAAGAGAGCGGAGCAGCACGACAGGACGACCUGUUAGCUCUGCUUUCAGACAGCGACGAGGUAACGUCACACUCUUCUGACUUCAACACGGAUGACGAGGAGGAAGACUUUGACCAAAAUGCUUCGAAAUCCUUAAACAAGUCAUCGUUGAAAAGAGACGCAAAAGAAUACUCGUGUCCUACAGGCGUCACUUUAGAAGAUCUUCACCCUGAGAAACACGAUCCCUUCCACAUUAAACAGGAGCAGGAGUCAGAGAUGUCAUACAUCAAACAAGAUGCUGAGCCAGAAAGCCCAUACAUUAAAGAAGAAAAACAGUUCCACCAACAAUUUCCAGAGACCGUCUGUGUGAAGAAUGAGGAAGAUGAUAAUCCAAGCGAAGAGAAAGGUGCAACGGAACAUUUGAGUAACAGCUUAUUUCAGCAUCUGACAACAAAAGGAGAGGUACAAUCGCUACCGGACGACCCGUUAGCUCCAUAUGAGGACAGCGACGACAUAACGUCACGCUUUUCUGACUUUAACACUGACAAGUCAUCAUUGAAAAGUGACGCAAAGGAAUGCGCAGGUGGGAAACUUUUUCCCUGCACACUUUGUGAUCGAACAUAUUCUUGGAAGACUGAUUUACAGAGGCAUAAGCGUACACAUACUGAAGAACAGCCUUUUGUUUGCACAAUUUGUGGUAAGAGUUUCACCGAAAAGAGAAACUUAAGCAGACACGCAAAAACACACGCAGAAAAACGGAAGCCUUUCGCCUGCUCAUUUUGUGAGAAAAAAUUUUGUUCGAACUAUGAAGUGACAAAACAUGUGCGUAUACACACUGGAGAAAAGCCUUUUUCCUGCUCAGUUUGUCAUAAGAGAUUUCGUCUGCGGGCAACUUUAAACCGCCACGCAAGAACACACACUGGAGAGAAGCCUUUCGCCUGCUCAUUUUGUGGUAAAAGAUUCGCCGAGAAUGGAAAUUUGAUCAAACACAAGAAAACGCACACAGGAGAAAAGCCUUUUGUUUGUACACGUUGUGGUAAAAGAUUCAGCAUGAAGGGAAAUUUAAAAAAACACACACGCACACAGCCGGGAUGCAACAUUUUGCCCGAAGGCAGUUUUAACAUUACACACUAGAGGAAAGUCUUUUCCAUGUUCAGUUUGUCAUAACAGAUUCUGUCUGUAAGGAACAUGCAGGAACACACACUGGGAGAAACCUUUUGACUGCUCACUUUAUGGUUAAGGAUGGCACAUUUAGCAUCACACGCAAAAAGCCACACUGGGGAAAAAAACCUUUCAAUUGUGACAAGAUAUUCUACAGCGGCAAAAGCUUUUCAAAUGCCUUACUCAGUUUCCCUUGAGCCUCUUUUGGAAAAAGUUGUUGAAAUGAUUUUGCAGGUCCUUUUCUUUUUUAGACCUAUCAAAUAUUCUGAUUAGCUUUUCUUUUAAAUGAAUGUAUUUCGUUCCAUGUCUUUCUGUUGAGAUUGUUCCAUAACUUACUUUGUGGUUUUCGCUAUUUUACUUCUGAAUGUUGGCUUUGACACCCAGCUAUAUUUCCUUGAAACCAACCAUAAAACUUCUUUCCUACUUUUGAAAUCUAGAUUCAAAACAUAUCUGAUUAAAUGAUCACUCAACUUGAUCCUUUGUUCUCUUUUGUGUUGUCACUUAUUUCCCGAUAUUUUGAUUUACUCAUAUUUACUUUUGUAAACUUGGUUGUAAAGGCACUUUGAAAU